AGAGUUGCCGAAGGCAACAGGAGCGAGCGAUGAUGGAGGGGGGAAGUAGGCUUCCGUGGAUGAAAUAUGGCUCUCUUCUGUCCCUUUUGGUGGUUUUGUUAGCCGUCUGGCUCCGUUCACCGCAGAACACAGUCCUGGAUGACCGACUGGACACCGUGCUGUCGUCUUUGCUCCGGGCUGAGCGGAAAGUUGGGGUGAACAACGCCAGACCCAGAGUGGCAGUUGGUUUUGGAGGUUGUGUCGACCUCAUAGUAGAUGGUGUGUCAUUCCUAAAUAAGAUUGGCGUCUCUCAUACGGACCAGCCAUUACAUCACGACUAUCUAGAAAAUGCUGAACAACUCGCUCAGAGCUUUGCCUACUUCUUUGCACCAGGAGCUGCUGCAGAACGUUUUAUGAUUAAUGAGACCCUCUUUAGUGAGAUGGUCGAGAAUGCCCGCGACUUACCUGGAAACAGAUGGGCAGUAGGUGGCAACGCUCCUGUGAUGGCUAGUCGCAUGGCAACAGAAGGAUGUGAUGUGUUGUUAGGAGGAAGUUUCAGCACAGAUUUUACUGAAGUUCUAUCCCAGCAAAUUACAGUGGCUGGUAAAGUGAUAGAAGAACCAGAUAUCCAUCUGAUCCUGGAAUAUUCAUCUGGUGCCAGCUGGGACACCUAUACCUCACGUAGAGCCAACAGAUAUAUAAUUCACAGUGAUGCCCAUAACCCCUACUUGGACUCCUUGGAGGAUUUUGCAGAGAAACUUAAGGAUUUUAAACCUGAUUUGUUGGUAGUGGGAGGGCUUCAAAUGAUGGACAACUUCCCCUUUCAUUCAGGCGAGCGACAGGAAGUCCUCUCCCGGCUGGCACACCUGCUGACCACCUCAUCUCCUCAAAUUGGCAUCCAUUUCGAGAUGGCAAGUUUUGUGGAUGAGGAUAUAGUAGACGACCUUCUUCAUUACGUCAUUCCCCAUGCGGACUCUUUAGGUAUGAAUGAACAAGAGCUCCCAAACCUUCUCAGUUUACUCAAAGGUUCCAACAUAACUGUGCUGUCAGACCCAAACCCUCGUGUAGCUACUGUCCUCGAUCAGAUGAGGGAGGUAUAUCGCAUCCUGAACCAGCGCUACAAGGACGCUAACUCCGAUAGAAAGACCGACAGUGGGGAAUGGAAGGGUAAGCCACUGACCCGUCUUCAUGUCCACACUCUGGCCUUUCAGGCCAUGAUAGUGACCCACGGCUCCCAGUGGAAGAACACCAUGUCUGCUACUGCUAAGGCCUCGCUCACAGCUAACCGUCACGUCUGCGGGUCAAAUGACAUUGAUCUCAGGAAAGCUAGGCUCAUCAUGGACGACUCAUUCUCCGUUAGCCACCGUGAGGGCAGCCAGCGAAUCCUUCUGCAGGAGAGUCGGCCAGUCAGCUGCUGGGAUGAGGAUGAUUACCAGAUCUGUGUGGCGCCAGUGCUGGUGUGCACUGAAGUCUAUCAAACUGCAGGUGGAGGGGACAACGUCUCUGCUGCUGGCUUGGUGCUACAGAUUUAAACAGGGACACUGAAAGCUCCUUUUGACUCUGGAAACUUGGUAUAAGUGUAAUGCACCCUAUCCUUCAGGUACUGACAUGGCAGCAGGGCUAAAGCUAUUAAAUCUGCACCUCUCAGCCUAAAUGAUAAGACAAACUCAUUUUAUUACUGAAGAGUCAGAUCAUGGAUAUUUUUAUAGUUUACUGAGUUCUAGUUUUUAAAGGGGAUGGAAAACCAAAAAGAAAAAAAUGUUUAAGUGCGUUUUUCCUUUACAUUCUAACCAGACUUUUAGUCAACUGUGAAAACGUAAUAUCUUUUCCCUUUGUUUCAGGGGAGUCCCAGUGACUCAUUCUAUCCUGCAUCAAUAUUUACAAGUUAUGCUUUAUUUUUGUAGGAAUUUAUUGCUUCUGUUCUGUUUUGUAGCUAUAUAACGGAAAAAGAAAACACUUUAAUUUUCUUGAAACUGAUAAAUCUGUUCAACCAUUUGACUCUUGGGAUUAGAAUGGCUUGGUCUUGGAUUUUUCUUUUUUCUAUUAAGAAAAUGAGACUUCUGGCCUGGAUUAGAUCCAGAUAAAAUCAGGUUAUAGGUCUCUUUUUUUUUUUUGCACCAUUUAGCAGUUCUCAUAAUUUUUUUUUAAACGAAAAUUUGCACAACCAUCUUUUGUAGGUUCAGUUAUAUUUACAUUUCAGCCUGGAGCGCAGCUAUGCAGUUAAAAUGUGAUGAAAGACUCAGAAAUUAUUAUAUGUUCUGUUUCUUGAGAGGAUUUGAAUUACAAAUGCCUCACUUACCUCCUAGCAAAUAAUUUAUUCUGUAGAUGUUGCAAUUUCUGAGGUAAAGCCUACCAGAUUCCAAUUCUGCUUCUUUCCUCUGAUUUCUCUCUCUGUAAGGUAAAGUCUUACUAAAACGUUGCUGUUUCUCCCAGCAGAUGUGAAUAUUGUGCCUCGCUGUUUUGAUAGGUUUGUGUAUGUACUGCAAUUAUUUCUGUCGUUCACUUGCAGUGAAAUAAUACAAAAAUAUUGUGGAGGGACUGCUUUUGUUUGUUGGCUAUAAUCUCCUCUGUAUCUCUGUAAGUUUACCCUUCCAUCCCCUUGUUUUUGGCUCUGCUAGGACCAAAUGACCCAUGUGGUUUGCACUAAACAAUCUGCAUGUGUCGUUAUGAUUAUGGAUGAAUUGGAACAAUGUCUCAUCUUUAAUUUUUUGUUAAAAAGGUAAUUGUGAUCUAUACUUGAAACCAGUGCUGCACAGUAUAAAUGCCAUUUGUACCUUGUAGCCGUGGACCAUUCAUAAAUUCUAUAUUGCUUUGAAAGUCCUCAUCUCCAUUAAAGCAGGUUAUAGCGUGCGUAACCAAGCUUUUAUCAUGAAUAUCUAAAUGAAUCAGCAAUGGUCUUUUCAAUCUAUGCUUCCUUUUAUGUUUCCUGUGUUUUUGAUUACUAAUGCCACUGAACCUUGAAAGAAAUGAAGCCAGCUCUAUCUUCUCAUUAGGUACAAGUCAAACAUUCCAGCUGCUGCUCUCUUCUUAAAAAAAAAAGAAAUAUGUUUUAACCUUAUUUCUUUACAUAUAAAACAAAUGAGCUAUUUUCCUUGGUAAAGUUUUCUAUAGAACAGAAUGUUUUUUGUUACAUGUAUGGAGUCAGAAAUUAUACAAAUAAAAGUUAGGUAUUCAAUUGGUGUAAAUUCCCUUAAAUAUAUAUUUGUUUUUCCAGAUCUCCAAAUGAGCUCAGAGUAAAUGAUCUGUACUUUUUUUUUUUUUUUUUUUUUUUUUUUUUUUUUUUUUUCCUACUGUUUUGUAAAGAUUGGAUGUUUUUCAUUGAGCUUGCUUUUGUUUAAUUCUGUCUGUCUGGAGUUUUUUGCCCUAUAAAUUUCUCUUAAACUGUGAUUGGCUGUACUUUCCU